CAGCGGUUGAGGGCAAAAAUGGGCUCAGGCACCCAUACUAUAUCCGAUCUGAGCGGAACAUCCACUAUAUCGGAUUUGAUGAAUUCUUUAGCCACGAUUGCCGACUGUGACAAGAGUUUGUUGAAAGUUAUGUACAGCUAUCCACCGAAGAAACUGUCCACGGUUGACGAUGCAACCCUUGAGAGCAUACCAAUCACAAGCGGCGAGACUUUCAUAGUUGAGCAAAGUCAGACAGAAGAGGAAAAAAACAGAACAAAGUUCACGACUGAUUCUAAUACCGGAUACCGCACGGUCAGAAAUGAUAAUUUGAUGAGCGCAGACACCUCCAAUUCGAGCGGAGAAAUAAUACGGCGGGUCGUCCCGGACGAUAAUUCGUGUUUAUUCUCUUCUAUAGCUAAGAAUCUACUCCGAGACUCGACGCAGAGUGGACAACUUAGGAGUAUAGUGGCCAAUGCUAUCGUAGUCGAUACAACGACAUACAACGAAGCCAUGCUGGGGCAAAGUGUCGAUGAUUACGUUAGGUGGAUCCAGAACCCAGACUCGUGGGGAGGCGCGAUCGAUAUAUCUAUCCUUGCCGAGUUUUUCCAUACCGAGAUUGUGGUUUGCGACACCCAAACUCUCCGAAUGGAUCGAUUUGGACAAGAGAAGAAUUAUGCUUCACGGAUUCUUAUAAUUUAUGAUGGGGUACAUUACGACGCGUUGGCGAUAACACCAUAUAUGGGAGCACCACAUGAUCAAGAUAUAACCGUGUUCGAGUCAUCCGAUGACGGUAUAUUGAAGAAAGCGCUUCAAUUGACGACAUCGGAGCACAAGAGGGGGAAAUUCACCGAUCUCGCCGGAUUCACCAUUCGGUGCAGUGACUGCCAAAAAGGGUUGAAAGGUCAAAAGGACGCCCAAGUGCAUGCAACAUCUACAGGGCACACGCGUUUCGAGGAAUACAGAUGACAAGGCCGACUUGUAUAGAUAGUUGGGUUUGGUUUGAUACCAUGGUUUCAAAGAUGACCAGAACAACUUGAUUUUUUGUCUGGUUUGCUUUUGUGGCAGAAAGCAUAAUGCGUAUGUUGCCAAGUUUGGAGACUGAAUUAGUGUUGUGAGUAAUGAUCUCCGAGUUAUUGUGGAUAGAUUAAAAAAGGACACCGG